UCAAACCAACGUCUAACCAGCUGUUAAAGCUAAGCUCGUUUUGCUCUGAGAGAUGCUCGUUUGCGCUUUCAAAAAAACAAAUUAACUUAAACAUUUCCAGGUCGUUGGCUCUAAAAAUGGCUUCUGUUGUCGCACAGUCUCAUUUCAUCUUCGGUCUGCGGACAGGUGUGAGUAACAACUUAAGUUUUGUCGACGAGGACACUGUCGUUUUCCCGAGCGGAAACAAUUUUGUGUGUUACAACUUAGUCCAAAGAUCUCAGAGGUUCCUUCCAGGCUCAGAGAAAAGCGGGGGCAUGCAGGCUCUGGCCAUAAGUGCCAACAGGCGCUACCUGGCAGUAUCAGAGAGCGGAGAAAAGGCCACCAUCACAGUUUUUGACUUGCAGCACGAACAGGGUAGAAAAAGAAAAGUCCUCACAGUCGGAGACAUGUCUGCACAAGGGUUUGUAUGCAUGGCUUUCUCCCCUGACUCCAAGUACCUAAUAGGCCAAACAGGUGGUCCAGAUUGGACAUUGAUCCUCUGGCUUUGGGAAAAACAGAAAGUCCUAGCAUCAGUGAAGACUGGUAGCUCAACCAAUCCUGUUACCCAGGCCAGUUUCAACCCUCAUAACAACAUGCAGCUCUGUGUGAGUGGAACAGGUGUGCUUAAGCUUUUCUACUAUUCUGAGGGAGCCCUUAAACAGACAACCUUCUCCAGAGUGGAGUCCAUAAACUUCCUGAGUCAUGCCUGGAUGUCAGCAACAUGUGUGAUUGCUGGGACAGACACAGGCAGGCUCCUAGUGUCUGAGUCUGGAGAGCUGCGAAGAGAGAUUAACAUGGCCUCUGAGGCUGGACAGGAUCAGUCUCAUAGGCAAUUGGAUAUAAAGAGGACUGAAGACAAUGAUGAGGAAGAAGAUCCCAGCGUGGCUCACAUCACAGCCAUUGUUUCAUACUCUCGGGGCUUUGCCUGCUCUUUUGGGCCUGGCACUGUCUACUGUUUUGAGAGGAACAAGGACAAUGGUUACAGGAAAAGCAGGGAGAUACAGAUCCCUUCAGACCCAUACUGCAGUGAGAUGAUUCCUGCAGAAUGCCAGUUGAUUGACACAAUGUGCAUCAGCCCAGCGGAGGAAACCCUGGCCAUCAGCACAAACAAAGGACAGCUUUACCACUUCAGCCUGUCCUCUGUAGAGACAAACAAGGAGGAACAUUUUAAGUUCCUGCUGCAGUCCUUCCACUCCAAGUCAAUCACUGGUUUGUCCGUCUGUGAUAGAAAGCCCAUUGUAGCCACCAGUUCUCUUGACCACUCUGUACGCAUCUGGAACUAUGAAACAAAGGUAUUGGAGCUGUGUAAGGAGUUCCAGGAGGAAGCGUACAGCGUGGCUCUGCACCCCACUGGCCUCUUCAUCCUGGUGGGCUUUGCAGACAAACUACGGCUGAUGAACCUACUAAUUGAUGAUAUUCAACCCUUCCAGGAGUUCACUGUGCGUGGCUGCAGAGAGUGUUCUUUUAGCCAUGGUGGCCACAUGUUUGCUGCUGUCAACGGAAACGUCAUCCACAUUUACUCUUUCUUCUCUUCUGAGAAUAUUAUUAAUCUGAAGGGCCACAAUGGAAAGGUGCAUUGCAUUCAGUGGAGUCUGGAUGACAGCAGGCUUGUAUCAUGUGGGAUGGAUGGUGCAGUGUAUGAGUGGAACAUCCAAACUGGCAAGAGAGAGUCUGAGAGUGUCCUCAAGUCCUGCAACUUCACAGGUGUUUGCUUCUCUUCAGACUAUAAGACGAUCCUGGCUGUGGGGACAGACUUCACACUGAAAGAGAUCCAAGACUGUCAGGUCCUUAAGGAGGUUCCUGGUGAUGAAGUAGCUCACACAGCGGUGGUGGUGUCUCACACUGGCAAGGUCGUCUUCACUGGAACCUCUCAUGGAACUGUCAGAGCCAUUAAGUACCCUUUACCCAUCCAGAGGGAAUGGGUCAUGUACCAGGCCCACUGUGGCCCUGUCACUAAGAUGGUGAUCACAUUUGACGAACAGUUCCUGCUCACUGUGUCUGAGGAUGGCUGCCUGUUGAUAUGGAGGAUCCUGGAUAAAGAAGGCCGUAGACUGAAGAGCAACAGGCAGAUCACCCACUCUGAAGAAGUUCUUAUCACCAAAUCUGACUUGGAGGAGAAGAUUCAGAACAUGCUAGAGCUUAAGAUGCGUUUGGAGGAGCUGCAGAUGGAGAACGAGUACCAACUCCGUCUGAAGGAUAUUAACUGCAAUGAGAAGAUAAAGGAACUUUCUGACAAGUUUACCUGGCAAAUAGAAUCUAUGACAGCAGUGCAACAGGCCAUGAAGACAGAGAUGGAAAAGCAGGAACUUGAGCACCAAGAGACUUCUGCAGAGAUCACAGUGAACCACUCAAAAGAGCUGAAGGACUUAGAGUUAUCCUACAGUCAGAAGCUGAUUGUGGAGCACCAAAGGUACCAGGAUUUUCAGCAGAAAUAUGAAAGAAUGCAGGAAGAAUACAAGAAGCAACUGAAGGAUGCAGAGGAGAGCAGAAUCCAAGUCUUGGAGGAAGUGAGGCAGCUCUAUCAGUCCCGGCUUCAGGAGAAGACUCAACUCCUGGUUCAGUGUCAGGAGGAAUCACAGCUGCAGAACCGAGAGUUUAAGGAGAUGUUGAGACAAGUAGAAGAGGAUGAGGAGAGGAAAAUCCAUGACAUCCAGAUCAAGUAUCAGAAGAAACUGCACACAGAGAAAGAGUUCAACACAAAUCUGAAAGAGGAAACUGGCAUUGUUUCACAAAAAGUGUUCACACUGCAGAGACAGAUCGAUGAAAAGUGCACAGAAAUAAACAAGAUGAAGCAAGAGCGUCAGAGGCUGAUGGGACUGAUCCGCUCACUGGAGGGUGACAUUGAGGAGCUGAAGCAGCAGAUCUCUGGACACGAAAAGACCAACCAGGAAAAGGAUAAGACCAUAUCCAACUUGAAGAAGAAAAACCAGGAACUGGAAAAGUUGAAGUUUGUUCUUGAUUAUCAGUUAAGUGAGUUGAAGAAACAGACUGAGCCUCAACAAGAUGACAUCAAUGAAAAAAAAGAGCGGAUCCAUCUGCUGGAGGUGGAGCUGGUGCAAAUGGAUAAAAGUAACACUCAGCUUAAGCUCGCUGUCUCUGAGCUGAGGCUCAAACUAAGAACGAGAGACAAGGAAAUGCAGAAAGAGAUGCAGAAGGUGAAAGAUUUGGAGACACAACUCCAGCGUCUCAAGUCAGAUCUCCAUAACUGUGUGAGUUUCAUCCAGGAGCCAAAGAAACUGAAGGACAGUGUGCAGACCAUCUAUGCACGUUAUGUAACACAGGCUGAUCAGGUGGAGAAGAGGACUAAAGAUAAAGAAUUUCAAAGAGCUUGUCAGCAUGAGCACCUAGAGAACACUGUAAGAAGUCUUAGGACAAGGCUGGCAAAAUCAGCUGAAGAUCAUGAGAGAGUCUAUUUCAAGAUCAUGAAGGAGAAUGUGACUCUGAUUACUGAAAUCAAUGAACUACGUAAUGAGCUACAUGGACUCAGGUCAAAGGCUACAGCCCAGCAGGCUUCCUUCAGGAGGUCCAAGUUAAGCCCUACCUCAGAAGAAGGACCUAGAAUCAAGCCCACAAAGGAAGACGCCAACUAAAAUACUAAGGGAAAAAACUACCCACCAUCAAACACAUGUCCCUGGGAGAUGUGAUACACCUGCAGUAGGAAAUACUGAGGAUUUUGAUAUGCUACCAUCACCAAAAGCAUUAGCAACACUCAAAGCCUGUGUGAUGUCAGCCAUUUGAUUACAAUAGGUGGACUCAAACAGCUUUAAAAGCUAAUCUGUGGCGGCCUCCAUAUUGAAGUCACUGUCUCAACAGAACUUUGGAUCAACUGAACAGCAGACAAGAGCCCGCCCACUGAGCUCAACUUCUUGUCAGCUAAGCUUUCACUCAAGCCAGCCCUCUGAUGGUAGUGUCUGCCUGUCUGGCUAUCUGUCAAACAAAUGAGAUGCACCAAUCAGUGCGCAGUGAAGUUUUUCCUAAAUAUAAUCAAUAUGAUUGUGGUACCAAACCCCCCCAUACAGUGAGAACACAUGAAGACAUUAGCUAUUUGUUUUUUGAACCAAGCUGUAAACUGGUUUAUUUCUAGUGUAAAAAACUGCUCUUUAACAUGUGUUGUGUAUCUGACUUCUGGUGUUCCUGCAGGCUGUAUUGCAAUUUUUUGCACUUCUGCAUUGGCUUCAAUUUCUAGGCCGCUUGUCUAAAUCACACAUUUGUGAAGCACUAUGGGAUUUUCUUACCAAAAUCAAUAUAAACUGAACACAAAAAGUAAGGAAAUUCGUGUUUAGUAGAUUAUUUCCUUGUUAUAACAAUACUUCUUGGCUAUAAAUCUCAUGCUGUUGGAAAACCUGUUUAUUUCCCUUUUAAAUGAUGCCACAUUUGUAAGAAACCUGCAUUUGUGGGAUGAGCAGCAGAGCUGUUCCAAACACAACUUUCCUUACUUUUUGUGCUAACUUUAUAUCUGCCACACACAGUUGUCUUCAGACUUAUGUUAGUAUGGCUUUAAUUUAUUUUCCCUUUCUGGGUGAUUCAUUCAUAUAUGUAGGAGUCAGUAACCAAAACUGAUAUUUUUUAAUCAGCCUCCAUAUGGAGGCACAAUGAAGAGAGAACUUGGUUUUCUUUCCUGUUAUAUGAUCUUCUGUUAAACCAGACACAUUUGUAAUGAUUUGAAAUUUUAUUCAUACAGCAGAACAUUGUAUUUAGCCUCAAGGAUAUCACCUCAUCACUAUUUGCUGAUGGAGUAGAAGGUAGAGAAUGAACAUUUUGCAGAUUAAUUAGAAAAAAUUGGAAUUACACAUCCCAGAGCCAUCAGUGCAGUUGAGUUGCUAGCCUGAAGAAGCACAUUGCAUCGAGACAAAAUCUCAGGUAUAACUGAUGUUUGGAAUAAUUGUUUAUUCAAGAUGAUUUUCAUUUUUAUAACUAACUGAAGAUAAAUAUUGUAUUUUGA